AUGACAGACCAAUUCGCCUUCACCUACCCGUCGCCUCUCGAAGGCUACGAGAAUGAGCCCCCGCUGCCGGAAGAGACAUCCGAGGACGGGAAGAGCUUGAAGAACCCCCACACAGGCGUCCUGAGCAAGGCGUACGACACAUUCAUCGACCCGCUGGAUAAGGGCAGGCGAGGCGGUUUUGACAUCCACGUCUACUACAUGCAAUCACAGCUGGGAUACGCCCGCCAGCUGUACGACAGGAUCAGGAGGGAGUUCCCCGAGCUCCGCAUCUACCGCUUCUGGGAGAAGCCAGUCGGCCCCCACCCGUACGCCAUGUUCGAGGUGAACCUCUUCACGCCCGCGCAGUUCGGCGCCUUCGUCCCCUGGCUCGUCAUCUGGCGGGGACCCUUGUCGGCGCUGGUCCACCCGAACACGGUCGCGGGCGGGCCCGGGGCCCUCGAGUCGGAGGAGGAGCUGCGCAACCACACGCAGCGGGCGACGUGGCUGGGCGACAGGGUCCCGCUGGAUCUGAGCAUGUUCUAUGCGUGGAGGCGGAAGGAGAUUGAGGAGAGGGGGAAGGGUGCGAAGGGUGGCGCUUGA